AUGAUUGAACAGGUGAGGAAAAACGCACGCUUUGCCCCCCUCGUGAUUUGCUUCCUAUUUUUGCCACUUCAGUUUAGCAAAAAAUGGAAGAACUUCCCAAAUGUGCAUUUGUUCAGCUUCCUUCUGGGCAUAUUGCUCAAUGGAAUGCUCGAAAUAAAAAUUGACGACAGGAAGUAUGUAGACUGGGUUGUGCAAGGGGUACUGUCUUACUCGUUAUGCAUAUCCCUCAUGAUGACUUUUUCGUGCAUGAAAAAGAAGGUAAUUGUGUGUGAGCGGCGUGAAGACGGAAAACGUGAAACUGCUUGCACAGAGGAGGAAAAAAAGAAAAAAAAAUCCUUGUACAAUUUACUAAUUCGCAGCAGCAGGUUUGCGCCGUUUGGCAUUGCUUUUAUGUUCGGCGCUAUAGGGACACUCAUCGGAGGAGUCACUUCUUACCACUUAACGAAAAGGUUCUUUUUGCAAGAGGACACAAAGGAGAGUGAAGAACGUUUGCGGAAAAACACCAGCUGCUUCGUUGCUACGUACAUCGGUGGUUACAUAAAUUUUGUGGAGGUCUCCGACCUGUUAGCGGUAAACAUAUUGGAAAGAAACAGCAUGUUCAUAUUAGACGAUUUGUUUACCAAUCUGUUUCUUGUCACUUUGCCCUUAUGGAAACAUGUUGUCCUUUUUUUCUCUCUCCACGGGGAGGAGCCUGAACCGCUCAACAACAGUGAAUGUGUCUCGAAAAAAAAUGGAAGUGCAAUGAAGCUAUCUGAUGAACAGAGGGAGGCAAAGAACAAAGAAGAAAUAACGCACCUCUUGUGUGAUUCACCACGGUACGCAUCAUACGGGUCGUUCGCAAAUGAUGAAGACUGGCCAUUACCCCUAGGAGAGGACCACCAGGUAAAGCACCAUCAGGUGUACUUUUUACCCCCAUUGCUGUGCAAAUGCCUAUGUGACUGCGUAUCCAUCAUGCUCAUAAUAGGACUGAGCACAAAAGUGCUGAGCGACUACGAGUUCAUCUAUCAGUUUGUCACUUCCUAUAUCCCGGCUGAAAAAUUCAAAACGUACAUUUUAUUUGCACUUACCUUUGGCUACCUAUUCUGCCUGGAUUACAUUGCACACAUUAUGGCCAGCCGGAUAACGAGACGCACAAAAAGAGCAGCAGUUUUUAUCACACAUAUUUAUUUCAGGGCUACAGAGUACUACUCAACCGUGUUGCACCUUUUAACAGUUUACUAUUUGUCCCUUUCGGGAAUGUCCAUUGAUGUGAGCGUUCUAUGUAACACUGUAAAACCGCUAACCAUAUUGGUGGUAUGCCUACUUGUUACCCAUUUAAUUUGUGUGUUUUCCUUUUCGUCCAUGUUUAACGUGGUUACCAAAUGGUCUCGCCUGGUUUUACAUGUAGACGAAGUUUUGCUAGCCAUCAAUGCAAAUGUCGGGGGACCCAGUACUGCUGCGCUCAUGUCUGAUGUAUUGGGCAGACCUGAUUUGGCCUUUGCCGCCACCUUCUGGGGUGUCUUUGGUUACUUCGUGGCCACGCACGCGGCGAUGGGUAUAUACGCACUUUUGUAA